UUUUAAGAAUUGGUACCGACAAUUCAGCACAUCACUAAUCUAUGUCGAUAUUGCGGUCGGGUUUUACGUUGUUUUUCUGAUAAAUCGUCCAGAACUGUAUUAAUUCUUGUUCCACCAGUGAUAAAAGCUUCCUAAGUUCCUACCAAAAGUGUGUGCAUUUAAUGGCAAUUGAAAUUGAAAAGAUUUGUCGUACUUGCCUGGGCCUCAGUGGCCCCUUGCUUGGUAUUUAUGAUGGAAAUGGCAGUGGCAGAUGCAUUGGCGACAUGUUGCAUGAUUUUACAAAAAGCAAGCCAAGACGUGAAGACAAACUGCCGGAAAAGGUUUGCUUAUCAUGCAUCAGCGAGAUUAAUCGUUGCUAUUCCUUCAAGUUGAAAUGUGAGAAUUCCUUUAAAACACUACGUCAGCUAGUACCUGAUGCACUUCUUGACGAAGCCAACGUUAUAGUAUCAAAUGCCGAAGUAGAACAGGCUCAUAAAGGUGUACAAACCAUACCGGAAGACAAAAUGUGUUUAGCUACAACAUGCAACCAAACAAAACUCGAUGUGGAAAAAACUAACCGCUAUGUGCAGACGACACCAAUGUGCUACGUUACGUGUGAUAGGUCAACAUCGCCAUUAAUAAUGGAACAUUGUGACACAAGCAGAUUUAAUAGAGUUAUGUCAGAAAAUGCUUUGGAAAUCGACGGUGAAGAAAGAGGUAGCAUUCAGUUUAUAAAGGAUCUCCGGCAUGCGCGAUCGGUUAAACGAACACGAUUCGAGGUGGAAACGGACAUCUAUAAAGAUGCGGCCGAGAUAGGUGAACAUUCUGAUGCAAUUGUCUUGUAUUCAACAAUGCAUGAAGACUCGAACGGAACAAAGGAAAACGAGGCAACCUACAAUCAGUUUUCCAUAUUUAAAUCAGGAAAUGAAAGCGAGGAAAAACUCACAAAAAGUAUUAAUAGCGCGGGGGAACCAAAGCAAAUGAAACCAGAAACUGAUGAAUAUUGGGAAGAGAAAGUUUACGCACCGCAUGUGUCUUCCGUUGAAGAUGUGGUGUACAAUGCAGCAGAUGGAGAGGAACCAGGAAGCAAUAAUGGCGUCCUGGUUUGUGAAAAUGAUAGUGGUAAAUCUGAAAUCGUAACAAAGCAGAAUGCGGUGACAACACGUUCAGGAUCAACGGCGGAAAUAUAUAAAAAACCAAUAAUUAAAGAAGGGUUGAAAUGGAGUCAUUGCUCGAUGACUUUUGUAAGAGCGAAAUGGCUAGCACAACAUAAAUUAAAGCGGCAUGGCAUUAUUCGAGAAGACAGAACUGCAGUCAGAAAAGAAAAACAGUCCUCUACAACCACUACAACAACAAAGUGCAAAGGUUUAAGUGGGGAUUCAGAAAAUAGCGACGACAGUGAUAACGCAUCUUUAAACACAACCACAACAAACCCUGCUCCAUACAAUAAAACUUCCCCCACCAUUCUGCUACCGAUUGAUAACGAAACAAAACCAGCCAAAUUAGUACCCUUCUGUUACACAUGUGGCGCAAGAUUUGCAUUACAAAGAUCACUUAUCUAUCAUAGGAAACAAAAUAUUUGCAAUAAAGCAAAUGCCAAGAUAUUUGAAAAUUCUGAAGCAAUUGUAUUGUAUUCAACAAUGCACGAAGACUCGAACGGAACAAACGAAAACAAGGCAACCUACUAUCAGUUUUCCAACUUUCAAUCAGGAAAUGAAAGCGAAGAAAAACUCACCAAAUUUAUUAAUAGCGCGGGGGAACCAAAGCAACUGAAACAGGAAACUGAUGAAUAUGGGGAAGAGGAAGUUUACGCACCGCAUGUGUCUUGCGUUGAAGAUGUGGUGUACAAUGCAGCAGAUGGAGAGGAACCAGAAGGCAAUAAUGGCUUCAUGGUUUCUGAAAAUGAUAGUGGUAAAUCUGAAAUCGUAGCAAAGUGGACUGCGGUGACAACACGCUCACGAUCAACGGUGAAAGUAUAUAAAAAACCAAUAAUUAAAGAAGAGUCGAAAUGUAGUCAUUGUUCGAUGACUUUUGUGAGUGUUAAAUGUUUAGCACGACAUAAAUUAAAGCGGCAUGGCAUUACUCGAAAAGACAGAACUGCAGUUAGCAAAGAAAAAGAGUCCACUACAACAAAUACAACAACGAAGAGCGAAAGUUUGAGUGGGCAUUCGGAAAAUAGCGACGACAGUGAUAACGCAUCUUUAAACAUAACCACUACUACCACUGUUAACGAAACAAAACGAGCUAAAUUAUUACACUCCUGUGACACAUGUGGCGCAGGAUUUGCAUUACAAAGAUCACUUAACUAUCAUUUGAAUCAAGAUCUAUGCAAUAAAGUUACGCACAGCUGUAACAUAUGCGAACGUGUUUUCAUAUCUAAAGAAACAUUAAAAGAACACAAGUCAAUGCAUUUGCAAGAAACUAAAUGCACCAAAUGUGACAUGAUUUUUGGCUCGAAUGACGAACUCAGUAAGCAUAUGGUAGCUAUGCAUAUGCGUUAUUUACGCAAUCAGUGUCCUCAUUGCAAGAAAGUUUUCACCACAAUAUCUGCAUUCAAGGAUCAUUUACGUGUCCACAGCGGCGAAAAGCCUUUCGUAUGUGAUAUAUGCAGCAAAGGUUUCAGUCAAAAAACAUAUUUAAAGCAGCAUAUAAUGCGUCAUUCAAAAGAGAGGAAUUUCAAAUGUGGCGAAUGUUCGAUGGGUUUCGUUACUAAAGCCGAAUUAUGCCGCCAUAAGCGUAUACACACUGGCGAACAUCCUUACCGUUGUGUUGAAUGUUACGCAACAUUUACCAAAUCCAGUUCAUUGGUAAAACACCACAAGCGCAUGCACACUGGCGAACUGCCGUUUGCGUGCGAUUUUUGCUCGAAGCGUUUUGCAUGCAGUACUACGUUGGAAAUUCAUCAACGCACGCAUACUGCCGAAAAACCGUACAAAUGUUGCUUCUGUAAGAAAGGAUUUGCCCAGAAUCGGGAGUGCAUCAUACAUCAACUGAAGGAAAAGAUUUUGCUAAAGAAUCGCACCAAGGCACAAAUGAACCGUUGCCGCAUAAAACCCAUGAUACGAUAAUAAUCAGGGCUAUAAUAGAAUCCAUCGUAGUACGCUUUUUCGUGAAUUGUACAAAUAGCUACGAACUUAGGGUUGACUUUGUAUACACUCGUUCGUAGCGAUUCCGAUUCAGUCAUCGCAUUUUGGUAGAUUUCACGAAAAUUCGAACUACUUCUGUGAUAGCCACCAAUGUUUUGGCGCUUACACUGUUUCUAAGGGUUUGGCCAAGCUUCUCAUUCGAUUUGUGAUGUGCGCAUUUAUGUUAUAACACUAAUGGAGGGACCUACAAUUUUACGCCCGACUCCGAACGGCUAAUGGUUUUUAUGAGAAGCUUUGUUAUGACAGAAAUACUUUCGGAGGUUUGCCAUUGACAGCCGAGGAGCGGCAUAUUACGCAUAUUAUGUUCCCGUUUUACGUGAAAAACUGUCAAAUUGCAUAUAAAAAU